AGACUUGCAAAAGUGUCAUUACAUAGCAUAGCAAAUUGUGUUCUGGAAUGUAGUGUAAUCCCAAUAUCUUGCUAGGGUACAUAAUAACCUGAACGAACGAUUAUAUCGUAAAUGCACUUUUCGGUUCCGUGAACAUGGACAACCAAUGAUCGAGGAUAUAAAUUCAUUAUAGCCAUUGAAUCUGCAAUAGUAUCUCUGCUAAUUUACUAUUUGGGAGUUAUGGUUACAAUUCCGUAAUAUUUUCGGCAUCAUUAAAAAAAUUAUCCAUACGGGUAACUUCAUCCUUAAUAGUGCUUGACCAGAUUCGCACCUUACGUGGGUUUGCGGUGGCAAAGAAGAUGAUUUCCCUUACGCAGACUGACUGGAGCUCAGGCGGUGGUGGAUUUGAUGCGGGUAUUGCUCAAUCUAAAAACCAAGCCAGGUACCUUGAAGAAUUGUAUCAAUUCACUCGAAGGAUUGAUGUGGAAUUUUACUGGUACCAAGUUUUUUUUUAAAUGAAGACUUACCCAUGGAGGUAAUAAGCUUGAUGCUUACUAUGGCAUUUUUAUCGACGAGGGGACGCUACGAACAAAUUUAAGUUUCACUAGUGCCAUGAGCUUUUCUGGUAUUUACACAGUUGUGAAUACCAACCAGCAUUAUCUAUACGAAAACCUGUUGGUAUCCAUUUUCCGUCUAAAAUGUCAUUGGACAACUCGACUGGGCAAAUUCUCCAAAUCUCCGAUAAUUGCUGUUUGAGUUUUCAAUCAAUGGAGCCUUACAACGUAACUCUGGAAACCUGCACAACAGCGAACGACCCUCAAAAGUGGACUCAAGUAGUUACUGACAGACAUUAUAUUAAAAGGUUAGGCAUAAACAUAAGUACUUGGCCAGCUUUCAAAUUAGCCAAAUUGAGUCAGCAAAACGUAUUUGAAAGCCUUGAAUUGCGCCCUUUGCACCACCACAGCUACGUCGACCAAUAUUUCGACUGAAGAUCGAAGGUAUGAUGAACGCAGAGCUCUAAAGCCAAGUGCGUGUUAUUUCUCCCUCUAAAACACAAAAGCGCAGCUUCCUCACUCCAGAAUUUUCGUCUUAACGACGAAUGAACUUUACGAACUUGAUCGAUUUAGCAUGAAAUUAAAAAUUGCAAAAGGGGUCGAACAUUCUUUUAGGACAUGGCCACUACUAGAACGACUCACAUCAGAGAAUGAUG